CAUCAUCAGUAUCAUAUGGAUGUGAGCCCUGCUGCAGUUUGCUGGUACCAAAGUCCUUGCUUACCGCAUUUACGCUCAAUUGCAAAUCUUAAGGGAAAAUGGGAGGGGAGUGAGAUGCUGAGAGGGGAAGCGCAUCCCAAUACAUGAGAAGGUGGUACUUAGCUUAGCCGGGGAGAAAAAGACCUGAAACUGACUCUCAAACUGGAAAAGAAUGGGAUAGAGAAGCUCAAGAGGAGGAAAAGUAUUUCAGCUAUAAGGGGCAUCCUAAUUCAUGGGCCAUUGAUGGUUUUGUUCAGCUAAAGAAAGAAUACAACUUGAGAUACGUUUGAGGAUCCCAGCCUGCAAAGAAACCAAAUUUGUGGCCAUCUAGGAGACACCUGAGGAAACACACUAGUCUAGUUGGUGACGAUCACUCCAUACCUGGGGAAGAGAGUAGGCAUUUUUUCUGACAGCUGAAGAUGGCCUCUGUACGAGAGGUCUCCAGUUUCACAGAGGACCUGCUCUGCCCCAUUUGCCUCUCCAUCUUUCGGGACCCUCACAUGCUGGAGUGUGGCCACAGUUUCUGUGCCCCGUGCUUGGAGCCCUGCAUCCCCAAAGGCCAGAGGCGUGGGCUUUGCCCUGAAUGUCGGCGUCCAUUCGCCUUGCGCCACAUGGCCAUCAACCGAGCCCUGUGCAGCCUGGCGGAGAAGGCAAGGCUUCUCAAACUGGAUGAAGGGCCCCAACUGGGUGCCACUGGAGGCUGGUAUUUCUGUGAGGAACAUGAAGAGCCCCUCAAACUCUUCUGCAGUCAAGAUGAGGGACCUGUUUGUGUCAUCUGUCGGGACUUGCCUCAACAUCGUGGACAUGACUUCCUGCCCAUCAAAAAUGCAGUUCAGGCUUAUCAGGACCAACUAAAGGCAUCUCUAGAGCCCCUGGAGGAUGGUCUCAGGCGUCUGAAAAUGAGCCAGUGUCGCCAGCAAGAGAACAUUAUAGAAUUGAAGACCUGCUCUGAAUCCUUGUCUGACCACGUGUCUGGGGAAUUUGUGAAGAUGCACCAGCUGCUAAAUGACAGAGAGUUGGGUUUAAAGGAAGCCCUGGAGAACCAGCGAGAGAAGAACCUGGCCCAAAUGGAAACCAAAUUGAAGGAACUGAAUGAGAAAGUGGCUUCUUGGUCGGAAACCCUCUGUCAAGUGCGGGCAGGACUUGAAUGCAAGGAUCACAUCAGUUUCCUCAAGGAAGCAAAGGACUUGCUGGAGAGGUGAGUAGUGUCUCCUUUCCCUGUAUAGGGAAAGUAAAGC